AUGGAUAAUAUAAGAAUCGCAGUAAAUGGUGUUUCUUAUAACGAGGCAGCAGAGAUCUACAAACCACAUGCUGAUCCGUUCACUGGUCCAAUAACACAUCUUGCACCUUGGAAUUUCGCAGUUUUGGCUACCUUGAUGUUUGUUGUAACAUCUCUGUCUCUAUUUGAAAAUUUCACUGUUAUGUUGGCCACUUACAAGUUCAAACAGCUGAGACAGCCCUUAAAUUAUAUCAUAGUUAAUUUAUCUGUUGCUGAUUUCCUUGUGUCACUCACCGGUGGAACAAUAAGUUUUCUAACAAAUGCCAAAGGUUUUUUUUUUCUUGGAAAUUGGGCUUGCGUAUUGGAAGGUUUUGCUGUCACCUAUUUCGGUAAGUUCAGCAUGGAUCAUGGUAAUGUAUUUGAAUAAGUAGCCUGGGAUGCUGGUGAAACCGCACAGUUGCUGCAGGUGUCAGUGUUGGAGCUGUUUAGAUUACCGAAAUGUAGCAAGAUAAUAGCUUUUGAAAGUCAAAGACUGAUUGGUUUCUUAGACAGUUUUUUAAAUAUUUAGCAGACGCUCUUAUCCAGAGCGACUUACAGUUAGUGAGUGCAUACAUUUUCAUACUGGUCCCCCGUGGGAAUCGAACCCACAACCCUGGCGUUGCAAGCGCCAUGCUCUACCAACUGAGCUACUAAAGACACACAAUACAUAGCAGAAAGGAAUCCAUCCAUCUUUUGUAGUGCAUUUGGCAGUUCUUUCAAAGUAAAUGUAAAAUCUAUAAGGUCCCUCAGUCAAGCAGUGAAUUUCAAACACAGAUUAAACCACAAAAACCAGGGAGGUUUUCCAAUGCCUCGCAAAGGGCACCUAUUGGUAGAUGGUUAAACAUUUCAAAAGCAGACAUUGAAUAUCCCUUUGAGCAUGGUGAAUUUAUUAAUUACACUUUGUGUAUCAAUGCACCUAGUCACUACAAAGAUACAGGCUUCCUUCCUAACUGAGUUGCGAGAGAAGAAGGACACCACUCAGGGAUUUCACCAUGAGGCCAAUGGUGACUUUAAAACAGUUACAGAGUUUAAUGACUGUGAUAGGAGAAAACUGAGGAUGGAUCAACAACAUUGUAGUUACUCCACAAUACUAACCUAAUUGACAUAGUGAAAAGAAGGAAGCCUGUACAGAAUAAAUAUAUUCCAAAACAUGCAUCCUGUUUGCAACAAGGCACUAAAGUAAUACUGCAAAAAAUGUGGCAAAGCAAUUAAUUUUUUGUCCUGAAUACAAAGUCUUAUGUUUGGGGCAAAUGCAAUACAACACAUUACUGAGUACCACUCUCCAUAUUUUCAAGCAUAGUGGUGGCUGCAUCAUGUUAUGGGUAUCUUGUAACUGUUAAGGACUUGGGAGUUCUUCAGGAUAAAAAAUUAACUGAAUGGAGCUAAGCACAGGCAAAAUCCUAGAGAAAAACCUGGUUCAGUCUGCUUUCCACCAGACACUGGGAGAUGAAUACACCUUUUAUUUAUAUUUCACUAGGAAACGCUGGGCCAAUUGUGCCCUGCCCUACAGGACUCCCAAUCACGGCCAGUUGUGAUACAGCCUGGAAUCGAACCAGGGGGUCUGUAGUGACGCCUCAAGCACUGAGAUGCAGUGCCUUAGACCGCUGCGUCACUCGGGAGCCCUUUCAGCAGGACAAUAUCCUAAAACACAAAUCUACACUGGAGUUGCCUACCAAGAAGACAGUGAAUGUUCCUGAGUGGCCGAGUUACAGUUUUGACUUAAACCUGCUUGAAAAUAUAUGGCAAGACCUGAAAAUGGUUGUCUAGCAACGAUCAACAAAAAAUUUUUUACAACCAAUUUGACAUGUUGCACAAUCCAGGUGUGGAAAGCUCUUAGAGACUUACCCAGAAAGACUUACAGGUGUAAUCGCUGCCAAAGGUUGAAUACUUAUCUAAUCAACAUAUUAUUAUUGUUAUUAUUAUUAUUUUUUUUACAAAUGUUAGAAUUUUUCUUCCACUUUGACAAUACAGAGAAUUUUGUGUAGAUCAAAUGUUUUUUUUGUUUUUUUUACAAUUAAAUACAUUUUAAUCCCACUUUCUAACACAACGAAAUGUGGAAGAAGUCAAGGGGUGUGAAUACUUUCUGAAGGUACUGUACAUACUCUUAGAAAAAAAGGGCUACCUAGAACAUUAAAAUGUUAUUCCGCUGUCCCUGUAGUAAAACCAAAGCCUUUUUGGUUCCAGGUAGAACCUUUUCACAAAAGGGUACUUUGAGUGUUCUACCUGGAACCAGAAAGGGUUCUCCUACAGGGACAGCCAAAUAUCCUUUUAUGGUUGUAAAAUAUGUGUUGGUUACAAUAUCGAAGGACCAUUAAAAUAGAUAAACUCAGGUGCUGGUUUCCAGGCCGGUAGUUACCACUACAGCAAUGUCCGUCCAGAACAACGAGGAGACAGUAUUUACAAUUUAGGGGGGUUUAAUGGACAGAAAGGAUCCACAUACACACACGCCACUCUUGAAACUGACAUAGAUUCUGGUUCUGUAAGGGAGAUAAUAAAAACUUAGACUCUAGCCCUGCAGAAGGAAAAUAUGCCUAUCUGCCUACUAAAUAUGCUAGUGGACCAGUACUUCAACAACAGCAAUACAGGAAUGUCUACAUAUUAUAAACACCAUAGCAUGAGCGAUUUACAUAUACACAAAAGGAAAUAGCUUAUCACCUCAAAUGACAAAUGCUAACAAACGGCUAAACCUACUAGGCAUGCUAACAUACAGUACUAAUGCAUUCUUAGUGUAAAUGCUAAUGCUAGUGGCCGCGCGAGCUAGCCAACAAGCUCAACAUAAUUGGCAAAAUACAACAACAGACAAUACUUAGCAACAAAACCAACGGGACAUAAAGAUCUUAAAGCACUUAUGUUUUAGAUGCACGCACAAUAAAAUGUCAGACAACAAGGAUAUUUUUCACAAGAGGAAAAAGGUAGAGGGAGGGAAAAAGUAGUGCUUGUCAGGAUGGAAAGCAAUGUUAUCUGAUUUCUUCCCUGCCAUGAUAGGGAUCCUACACGAAUGAACCUGAAGUCUCGGGAAUAGAGGAUGCUGAUUGGGUAAUACAGUUGAAGUCUGAGGUUUACAUACACCUUAGCCAAAUACAUUUAAACUCAGUUUUUCACAAUUCCUGACAUUUAAUCCUAGUUAAAACUCCCUGUUUUAGGUCAGUUAGGAUCACCACUUUAUUUUAAGAAUGUGAAAUGUCAGAAUAAUAGUAGAGAGAAUGAUUUAUUUAAGCUUUUAUUACAUUCAUCACAUUCCCAGUGGGUCAGAAGUUUACAUACUCUCAAUUAGUAUUUGGUAGCAUUGCCUUUAAUUUGUUUAACUUGGGUCAAACGUUUCGGGUAGCCUUCCACAAGCUUCCCACAAUAAGUUGGGUGAAUUUUGGCCCAUUCUUCCUGACAGAGCUGGUGUAACUGAGUCAGGUUUGUAGGCCUCCUUGCUCGCACACGCUUUUUCAGUUCUGCCCACACAUUUUCUAUAGGAUUGAGGUCAGGGCUUGGUGAUGGCCACUCCAAUACCUUGACUUUGUUGUCCUUAAGCCAUUUUGCCACAACUUUGGAAGUAUGCUUGGUGUCAUUGUUCAUUUGGAAGACCCAUUUGCGACCAAGCUUUAACUUCCUGACUGAUGUCUUGAGAUGUUGCUUCAAUAUAUCCACAUAAUUUUCCUUCCUCAUGAUGCCAUCUAUUUUGUGAAGUGCACCAGUCCCACCUGCAGCAACGCACCCCCACAGCAUGAUGCUGCCACCCCCGUGCUUCAUGGAUGGGAUGGUGUUCUUCGGCUUGCAAGCAACCCCCUUUUUGCUCCAAACAUAACAAUGGUCAUUAUGGCCAACAGUUCUAUUUUUGUUUCAUCACACCGGAGGACAUUUCUCCAAAAAGUACGAUCUUUGUCCCCAUGUGCAGUUGCAAACCGUAGUCUGGCUUUUUUAUGGCGGUUUUGGAGCAAUGGCUUAUUCCUUGCUGAGCAGCCUUUCAGGUUAUGUCGAUAUAGGGCUCGUUUUACUGUGGAUAUAGAUACUUUUGUACCGGUUUCCUCCAGCAUCGUCACAAUGUCCUUUGCUGUUGUUCUGGGAUUGAUUUGCACUUCUCGCACCAAAGUACGUUCAUCUCUAGGAGACAGAACACGUCUCCUUCCUGAGCGUUAUGACAGCUGCGUGGUCCCAUGGUGUUUAUACUUGCGUACUAUUGUUUGUACAGAUGAACAUGGUACCUUCAGGCAUUUGGAAAUUGCUCCCAAGGAUGAACCAGACUUGUGGAGGUCUACAAAUUUUUUUCUGUGGUCUUGGCUGAUUUCAUUUGAUUUCCCCAUGAUGUCAAGCAAAGAGGCACUGCGUUUGAAGGUAGGCCUUGAAAUACAUCCACAGGUACACCUCCAAUUGACUCAAAUGAUGUCAAUUAGCCUAUCAGAAGCUUCUAAAGCCAUGACAUCAUUUUCUGGAAUUUUCCAAGCUGUUUAAAAGCACAGUCAACUUAGUGUAUGUAAACUUCUGACCCCACUGGAAUUGUGAUACAGUGAAUUAUAAUUGAAAUAAUCUGUCUGUAAACAAUUGUUGGAAAAAUGUAUUGUGUCAUGCACAAAGUAGAUGUCCUAACCGACUUGCCAAAACUAUAGUUUGUUAACAAGAAAUUUGUGGAGUGGUUGAAAAACGAGUUUUAAUGACUCCAACCUAUAGUGAGAGAAAAAGUAUUUGAUCCCCUGCUGAUUUUGUAAGUUUGCCCACUGACAAAGACAUGAUCAGUCUGUAAUUUUAAUGGUAGGUUUAUUUGAACAGUGAGAGACAGAAUAACAACAACAAAAUCCAGAAAAACGCAUGUCAAAAAUGUUAUAAAUUGAUUUGCAUUUUAAUGAGGGAAAUAAUUAUUUGACCCCUCUGCAAAACAUGACUUAGUUCUUGGUGGCAAAACCCUUGUUGGCAAUCACAGAGGUCAGACGUUUCUUGUAGUUGGCCACCAGGUUUGUACACAUCUCAGAAGGGAUUUUGUUCCACUCCUCUUUGCAGAUCUUCUCCAAGACAUUAAGGUUUCGAGGCUGACGUUUGGCAACUCAAACCUUCAGCUCCCUCCACAGAUUUUCUAUGGGACUAAGGUCUGGAGACUGGCUAGGCCACUCCAGGACCUUAAUGUGCUUCUUCUUGAGCCACUCCUUUGUUGCCUUGGCCGUGUGUUUUGGGUCAUUGUCAUGCUGGAAUACCCAUCCACGACCCAUUUUCAAUGCCCUGGCUGAGGGAAGGAGGUUCUCACCCAAGAUUUGACGGUACAUGGCCCCGUCCAUUGUCCCUUCGAUGCGGUGAAGUUGUCCUGUCCCCUUAGCAGAAAAACACCCCCAAAGCAUAAUGUUUCCACCUCCAUGUUUGACGGUGGGGAUGGUGUUCUUGGGGUCAUAGGCAGCAUUCCUCCUUCUCCAAACACGGCGAGUUGAGUUGAUGGCAAAGAGCUCGAUUUUGGUCUCAUCUGACCACAACACUUUCACCCAGUUCUCCUCUGAAUCAUUCAGAUGUUCAUUGGCAAACUUCAGGCGGCCCUGUAUAUGUGCUUUCUUGAGCAGGGGGACCUUGCGGGCGCUGCAGGAUUUCAGUCCUUCACAGCGUAAUAUGUUACCAAUUGUUUUCUUGGUGACUAUGGUCCCAGCUGCCUUGAGAUCAUUGACAAGAUCCUCCCGUGUAGUUCUGGGCUGAUUCCUCACCGUUCUCAUGAUCAUUGCAACUCCACGAGGUGAGAUCUUGCAUGGAGCCCCAGGCUGAGGGAGAUUGACAGUUAUUUUGUGUUUCUUCCAUUUGUGAAUAAUAGCACCAACUGUUGUCACCUUCUCACCAAGCUGCUUGGCGAUGGUCUUGUAGCCCAUUCCAGCCUUGUGUAGGUCUACAAUCUUGUCCCUGACAUCCUUGGAGAGCUCUUUGGUCUUGGCCAUGGUGGAGAGUUUGGAAUCUGAUUGAUUGAUUGCUUCUGUGGACAGGUGUCUUUUAUACAGGUAACAAGCUAAGAUUAGGAGCACUCCCUUUAAGAGUGUGCUCCUAAUCUCAGCUCGUUACCUGUAUAAAAGACACCUGGGAGCCAGAAAUCUUUCUGAUUGAGAGGGGGUCAAACACUUAUUUCCCUCAUUAAAAUGCAAAUCAAUUUAUAACAUUUUUGACAUGCGUUUUUCUGGAUUUGUUUGUUGUUAUUCUGUCUCUCACUGUUCAAAUAAACCUACCAUUAAAAUUAUAGACUGAUCAUUUAUUUGUCAGUGGGCAAACGUACAAAAUCAGCAGCGGAUCAAAUACUUUUUUCCCCUCACUGUAAGUGUAUGUAAACAUCCGACUUCAACUGUAUAAGAAUGACUGGCGUGACCUUGGCCAAUAAGAAAACUAAAGGUGGUUAGUGUCUGAAGAAUAGGAGAAGAAAGCCCCUUUUCCACUGGCACAUAAAAUUAGGGCCAAAUUUGAGCUAGCCCACCAAGGCCAGCCCAACCUGGGUUGACUUCAAAGUGCCAAUGGAAACUGGGCUUCAGCUGCCUGACUAAACUAACCAGAAGGGAGUGCCAGAAAGCUGGCAGUUUUUACAAUGGUUCUAGGUAGCCCAUUUUAUGUAGAGUGAAGUGUAGAAUGGUAGUAUUUAGCCAAUUUUAUGAAACGGGUUGUUUCGAUCAUGGAUGCUGAUUGGACGAGCAUCAUUCCAAGCGGUGCUGUAUUCGCCAACACAGGCACACCUAUGCUUGCUAACAGUUCCAUCUGAAUUAUCACUGACCCUCCAUAAGAAUAUCAUCAUGUUCAGGUUGCUGUCCGAAUCAUCUAUUGUAUUUAUCUCAACUUACACAUUAUUUCCCCUUGCUUCUAGCCUAGUAUUUAGUUUGGUAAAGCGGGGUUAACAUAAGCGUGACUGAGUUAGCUGAAGUUGGCUAGCUAGCUAGCGACAAGAACGUUAGUCAGCCUGCCUAGCAACCAUUUUUGCUAGAACGGACGACCAGUCCUUUUACGUAGCAACUAUGCAAAAAUUAUUUAGUGUGUCUGUUGCAACAUUACCAAAAUAACUAACAACCAGAUUUUUGUCCGGACUAUAUCUUCUGGUGGAAGAAUGAAAUUGUAUGAAUUUACUUAUGAAGAUAAUGUUUUUAAUGAAAAUAUGUCAUUCAUUGUUAUUUUAAUAUGUUGGUAAUCGUUAUGUUAAAAUCAAUAAGGCAUGCAAGUCAGUGCUAUGUGAUGUAUAUAGUCACAGCCAAAUUGGUAGAUGUGUUUCUUCUGGGCCCUACAGAAUGCCCUUUGCCUGUGUCUGUGUCUCCUCUAAGGGAUUGUGGCUAUGUGGUCCCUGGCAGUCCUGUCCUUCGAGCGCUUCUUUGUGAUCUGCCGGCCUCUGGGGAAUGUUCGUCUUAGGGGGAAGCAUGCGGCGCUCGGCCUGCUGUUUGUCUGGACCUUCUCCUUCAUCUGGACUAUCCCUCCUGUGUUCGGCUGGUGCAGCUACACCGUCAGCAAGAUCGGCACCACCUGCGAGCCAAACUGGUGAGAGGCAACUGAGAGGGAGCAGAGAGCACACGUAAACAUAGAUGUACAGCAACCUCAACCUCCUGUUUGUAUCAUAAAUGCACGCAGGCACAAAAGGGUCAUUUUUGAAUUGCAGUGGCAUUUGGGCAUGGCAUUUUGUAUUUGUAUUUAUUUAAAUGUAUUUGGGUAAAUCUGCCCUUUCUUAAUCAACAAAUAUGGUAGCUUCAUUAUUUUAAUUUUUUUUGACUAUUAUGAUAACAUUGUGCCAACAGUCGCAGUAGGAACACCAAUGACAGAUUUUAGGUAAUUUUGGAUUUUCAUCAACACUUUAAAAAUAAUUGACUAACAUAAUAUCAUAAUCAUUUUGUUCACAGUGUAAUUUCCCUUCAUUUAAAUUAAAAAUGCCAUUUUUUUCUAUAGACACACACAAUUAUCAAUGGAAUCCUCAAAUGUAUGACAUACUAAAAGGGUGUGAUUAGCAAAUUAUUUUAUUUAAUAUAGACCCCUCCCCCGAUAAGAGUUUAACACAGGAGGAAAUGCUCAAGGUCCGUGUAUGUCUUUGUAAGAAGUGAUUUUCAAGGCGGAAACACCAAUGACAUCAAACUAAGGGAUAUUAUUUUACAAUUCACUAGUACUUCAUACAACUGGCCACUGAGUUGAUCAGUGCAUAUGCCCAGCAUCCAAGUGCUGGCUGAGUUAUUGGGGUGGAGAAGAACCCUAACUGUUUGUCCUUGGAUGAUGUUGGGCAUGUCACAUGCAUGUGUGUCAUAGUGGUAUUUUGCUGUCAGCCCUUUGGCUUGUUUUCUUGGAAUGACAUUUUGUACCACUGCUUUCCAUGGGUCUUCACCAUCCAUCACAUCCUUUUUUAGGAGUGUUUUGGCCAUUUUCACCGCUGAUUCCGCUUUGGCUGUGAUACGAUGAUGACGUCACAUGUUUAAAGUCCCACUCAUCAGCAAAUGUUUGAAAGUCCAUUCCGGAGAAGGGGGGGGGGGGGGGGGGGGGGGGGGGGCAUUACCAGAAACAACAGUGUGGGAAACGCCAUGUCUGCUGAACUGCUUUUUGCAGCAUUCAAUGAUGGUGUCUGAUGUGGUGUCAGUCAGCUCGUCGAGCUCCCAGUAGUCUGCGUAAUAAUCCACCGUGAUGAGGUAGUUGUUUUUGUUGACUGUGAGUAAGUCCAUCCCGAUCUUGGACCAUGGGAGGGGAGGGAUUUGGUGGGGGAUGAGUGUCUCCUUUUGUUGUCUCUUCUGGAUGGUUGCAGGUUGCACAUUUGCUGAUAAAGAUCUUUACGUCCUCCGUAAUCCUUGGCCAGAAAACAGUCCAAAUAUCAGUCCAUUUUCUGUGGUGAGCUCCUCUUUGUACGUCCAGAAAUCUUUCAGUGUGUGACUCACAGCCUGUUUGGUUCCAGGCCAGCCAUUAUUGAUUUGUGCGUACAGAGCUUGAAACAGUGGGUCCUGGGAACAGUGUGCUUUGAUUGACUCCACUGUCUUAGUUGAGAUGUGACAUCACUGGUGUGAUCCACCUGUUCCAGGUCAGUUGUGGCUAGACCCAUAGCGUAGACUGUGGCUGGUGUUUGCAUUUGUCUGUGCUCUGUGGUUGAUUGAGCUGUUCUGAACAGGAAGGCAGCUACAUGUAGUUCUUUGCCUUGUUUGUAUUGCACGUGGAGUUGGUAUCUUUAUAGCCUUAGCAACAUUCUCUGCAGUCGCUUUGGUGCUGUGAGUAGGGAUUUCUUGAAGAUCGUCUCAAGCAGUUUGUGUUUGCUGUGUAUUGUGAUGAACUCUCUGCCAUGCAGAUACUGAUCAAACUUGUCACAUGCAAAAACAAUGGAGAGGCAUUCUUUCUCAAUCUGUGCAUAUCUUUGUUCUGUCUGAGUCAAUGUUCUGGAGGCAAAUGCAACAGGUUAUCCUUUCUGUAGAAAGGCUGCGCCCAAACCUGUCUCACUGGCAUCACACUGCAUUGUGACUUCAUCAUUCAGGUCUUAGUAUUUGAGCACUGGGUGUUGUGUGACUAACUGUUUGAUAGUCUCCACUGCUGCGUCAUGCUGUGGUAGCCAUGUCCAUUCAAUGUCCUUGUCAGUCAGUCUUCUGAGCGGCUCACACAUAUCAGAUAGGCGGGGCAUAAAUUUUGCAAGAUAGUUCACAAACCCCAACAGCCGCUGUAGUGACUUGACGUCGGUCGGUUUAUCCAUGUUCUGAAUGGCUGUUAUUUUCUCUGGGUCAGGGCAAAGGCCCUCUGUGGUGAGAAGAUGACCCAUGUACAGUGAGGGAAAAAAGUAUUUGAUCCCCUGUUGAUUUUGUACGUUUGCCCACUGACAAAGAAAUUAUCAGUCUAUAAUAUUAAUGGUAGGUUUAUUUGAACAGUGAGAGACAGAAUAACAAAAAAAAAUCCAGAAAAACGCAUGUCAAAAAUGUUAUAAAUUGAUUUGCAUUUUAAUGAGGGAAAUAAGUAUUUGACCCCCUCUCAAUCAGAAAGAUUUCUGGCUCCCAGGUGUCUUUUAUACAGGUAACGAGCUGAGAUUAGGAGCACACUCUUAAAGGGAGUGCUCCUAAUCUCAGUGUGUUACCUGUAUAAAAGACACCUGUCCACAGAAGCAAUCAAUCAAUCAGAUUCCAAACUCUCCACCAUGGCCAAGACCAAAGAGCUCUCCAAGGAUGUCAGGGAUAAGAUUGUAGACCUACACAAGGCUGGAAUGGGCUACAAGACCAUCGCCAAGCAGCUUGGUGAGAAGGUGACAACAGUUGGUGCGAUUAUUCACAAAUGGAAGAAACACAAAAUAACUGUCAAUCUCCUUCGGCCUGGGGCUCCAUGCAAGAUCUCACCUCGUGGAGUUGCAAUGAUCAUGAGAACGGUGAGGAAUCAGCCCAGAACUACACGGGAGGAUCUUGUCAAUGAUCUCAAGGCAGCUGGGACCAUAGUCACCAAGAAAACAUUUGACAACACACUACGCCGUGAAGGACUGAAAUCCUGCAGCGCCCGCAAGGUCCCCCUGCUCAACAAAGCACAUAUACAUGCCCGUCUGAAGUUUGCCAAUGAACAUCUGAAUAAUUCAGAGGAGAACUGGGUGAAAGUGUUGUGGUCAGAUGAGACCAAAAUGGAGCUCUUUGGCAUCAACUCAACUCGCCGUAUUUGGAGGAAGAGGAAUGCUGCCUAUGACCCCAAGAACACCAUCCCCACCGUCAAACAUGGAGGUGGAAACAUUAUGUUUUUUGGGUGUUUUUCUGCUAAGGGGACAGGACAGGACAACUUCACCGCAUCAAAGGGACGAUGGACGGGGCGAUGUGCCUUCAAAUUUUGGGUGAGAACCUCCUUCCCUCAGCCAGGGCAUUGAAAAUGGGUCGUGGAUGGGUAUUCCAGCAUGACAAUGACCCAAAACACACGGCCAAGGCAACAAAGGAGUGGCUCAAGAAGAAGCACAUUAAGGUCCUGGAGUGGCCUAGCCAGUCUCCAGACCUUAAUCCCAUAGAAAAUCUGUGGAGGGAGCUGAAAGUUCGAGUUGCCAAACGUCAGCCUCGAAACCUUAAUGACUUGGAGAUCUACAAAGAGGAGUGGGACAAAAUCCCUCCUGAGAUGUGUGCAAACAUGGUGGCCAACUACAAGAAACGUCUGACCUGUGUGAUUGCCAACAAGGGUUUUGCCACCAAGUACUAAGUCAUGUUUUGCAGAGGGGUCAAAUACUUAUUUCCCUCAUUAAAAUGCAAAUCAAUUUAUAACAUUUUUGACAUGCGUUUUUCUGGAUUUUUUUGUUGUUAUUCUGUCUCUCACUGUUCAAAUAAAACUACCAUUACAAGUAUAGACUUCUAAUUUCUUUGUCAGUGGGCAAACGUACAAAAUCAGCAGGGGAUCAAAUACUUUUUUCCCUCACUGUAUGUCACACUAGGUAGCUUUAACCGGAGUUCCUUUUUGUUCAGCUUCAGGUUGACAUCUCUUGCUCUCUGCAGGAGAGCUGUAAGGUUUCUGUCAUGAUCUGCCAUCGCCUCUUCGUGUGUGUCACCACAUCCAUAGAGUAGAAUGUAAUCUGCGAUCACACUCACUCCUUUCAGUCCCUGUAGUGCUUCACACUGUCUGCGUUGGUAUUCUUCAGUGACUGGCUUGAUUCCAAAUGGCAUUCUCAGCCAUCUAUACCUGCCUACAGGUGUCCAGAAAGUUGUUAGAUAGCUGGUCACUUCAUCAAGUUUGACUUGCCAAUAUCCAUCUUUGGCAUCGAGUACUGAGAAUACCUUUGUGUUGGAUAUCUCUGGUAGAAUCUCUUCUAUUGUGGGCAUCUGGAAGUGCGAUCUCAGUAAGGCUUUAUUGAGUGCACUGGGGUCCAUGCAUAUUCAUAGUUUAUCAGGUUUUUCAAUGACAACCAUGUUGCUGAUCCACGGUGUUGGCUCUGUGACUUUUGUGAUGAUAUCUGCAUUGUCCAUUGAAUGUAUGGCCUUUGUGAUCCAUUCCUUCAGUUGAAUAGGUAUCCGUCUUGGUAGCUGCUGCACAGGCCGGGCUGCAUUGUCUACUUCUAGGUGUAGCUCCCCAGGAAGGCAGCCAAGCCCAUCAAACACGUCCUUGUACUUGGAGAUGAUCUCCUCAGUUGUCAUGAUGACCUCAGUGGAUGUGGUGCUUGGGGUGUCGACAUGAUGUAACACAUGGCUGUGGUUCACAUGUAGUAGGCUGAGUCUUUCAAAUGUGUCAGCUGACAGCAGAGGAAGCUGGGAUGUCUCCAUGACCUGAAAUGUAAUAUGAAACAUUUUCCAUCAUGUUCUGCUUUGAGAUUGCAUUCUCCUGUUGGCUUUAUCAGUGUGCCGUCAUAUAGCUUGAGUGUAGCUUUGCUGGGUAGUAGAACUGGAUUGCCAUCUUGCAUGAGUCGCUGUAGGUCCCCAUAGCUUAUGACAUUCACUGUUGAUCCUGUGUCUAGUUUACAUUUAAUUGUAUGGCUGGGGUCAUAUGUCAAUGGCUCAUCACUGAGUGGAGCUAGCUUAAGGUUAAUGAACAAUUUUUUCCCUUGUCUUCCACAGAAUUAACCUGUGAGAUGUACCACAUUGCAUCUGUUGUUUGGUCAUCUGACUCAUUAUCUUCCUCUAAUAGACUGAGUUGAGGUUUGUGUUGUGCUUGUUUACAAACUCUGGCAAAAUGGUUUUGUUUUCCACAUGCUUAACAGGUGACACCGUAUGCUGGGCAUUUGGCUUUGGCAUGUACUGACCCACAGUAAUGACAGGGUAAGUCGUUUGGCAUUCUAUGUUUGUUAUUAUCCCCUGUAAACUCUGUCUGUUUACGACCAUAUGUUUGGCGUUUUGAUUCUGAACGUCGCUCACGGGAGGUAUAAUGUACAGUCUCUGGUUCACCUCCACCAAUUGUCCUGAUUUGCAUUUGUUCUUGUUCACUUGAACGACACGUCAAUGGCUUUGUUCAGUGUGAGGUUGGGUUCUCUGAGCAUGCGCGCUCACACAGCUAUAUCUUUAGUGCCUAUGACAAGCCUGUCACGGACUAGUUCCUCUCGUAAUGCGCCACAUUUACGUGUCUGCUAGCUUCCUCAGAUUUGCAAUGUACUGCUCUGAUGUUUCACAUUGACUUUGUUCACAAGCAUUAAACAUGUACCUCUCGUAGUUCAUGUUCCUGGAUGUCUCAAAGUGUUUCUGUAGCGCCUCAAAUUUUUACUGGGUCAGUUCUCUGCUUCAGGCAUAUAAAGAUUCCGCUGUAAGAGAUGACAUUUCUUUCUCAUCACGGUUAGCAGAGUUGCUAUAGCAGACUUUUGCUUCCUUUUCAUCCAGACCGGUAGCUAUCUCAUAGUUUUCCCAUUGUGCUCGAAAAUGUUUCCAGUUGUUGUAUGUAUCGCCCUUCAUGUCCAUAGGCUCUGGUACCGGAAUUACCGGGUAAGCCAUUGUUGUCGUUGUUGUUAUUAUAAUACUUUUUUUGUUGCUGGUUAGCUAGUUGGCACGUCCCUUCCUACUGUGCAUUUAUCCGUGUGUCGUUUUGAUAUUUUGAUUCGUCAAGGAUAUACCUAUUUGGUUCUGACUUCUGACACCAUGUUUUGUAUGGUGUUUAUUCUAUACAAGAGCAAGGUAAUGCUGAUUAGAAGGUCUUUACUUCAGGAUCACUCUGUAGCAUGCAUACAGCUCCAUUCAGUGCAUAGUAAGUCAUGCUGAACUUGGCUCACUAGGACUAUAUACUGUAGUAUCACACUCAGAUACACAUAACAGCAGCGCCAUCUAUUGGCUUGGUGACAUCUCGUAACAAUUAUAUUUGUUAUAUAUAUUUUUAUUUGAAUAGCCUUCUUUGUUUUUAUUGCUCUAUACAAUAUAUUACUUUCUAGCAUUCAAAAUAAUAGAUAGACAUCUCUAAAUCCUAAAAACACAGCACUACAACUCUACUCAUUACUACUGGAACAAGCCAAUUUGAUUGCACUUAGUACUUUAAACAAUUCAUUAAGGUAACAUUUUGCAGUAUGAAGGAGUUGCAUUAUGGUUUGUCAAUGACAAACAGUUCAAUACUGUGUAAAAUAAAACAUGUAUGAUGUGUAACUAUUUGUCAUUUUAAAGUGUUUUUCAUGGUUGCAAAGCCAAGGGAUGCAAAUGCCACCACAAUUCAAGAGUGACUGUAAUCCUCGCAAGGUGAGCUAUUGAAAGGUAUUGAAAACAAGGGUGUCAAUUAUUUUCACCCCUACCUUUUUGAGAAUUAAAUAUAUUUUUGUAUUAGUAUAAAAUAAUAUAACUUUCAAAUGUUUUGGAGCAUACACUAAAGCUCAAUAUUUGAAUUAUUUAUUUCAUACAGUAAUUUGUUCUAAUAUUUUUCAAGGGUGUCAAUAAUUUUGGACCCCACUGUAUAGCAUUUUGCAAAUAAAAUAAAAGUAAUAGAUUUUAAACAAACACGUCCAUCAUCGACAACCCCAUGCCAUGAUUAGAUAGUGAAAAAACACACCAAUCUCUUUCAUAACUUCUUUAAAUAAUAAAAGCUAAUUUACCAUUUCUGAAAGUGGAUAUAUAGCAUUUUGGAAUUAAACUCUUCAUAUACUGUAACUACUAGCUAGAAGUUAAGACUAAGCCUUGUGUGUGUAACUUAGUUGAUGGCACCUUGCGAAGUUAUCUCAACUUCACAAUGGAAAAACACUUUCAAGUCAAGGAGUCAAGAUUAUUUGACCCUAAGGGGUGUGCUCCUUCUAGAGAUCAUGGUAAUGUUGUUAAGCAUUGCUAAUCAAAGGGAAGCAGGUAGGGGGGCUGACAAGCACUGCCUCUGGUCCAUUGAGAGAGCCAUCGCUAAGGCAGUGAAAUACAGUCAACAAUGCAAUUAUAAGCCACAUUCAAGGAUAUACAUGAUAUAUCAGUGUCCUAACUUGUCACUCUGCGAAAACAUUUGGGUCUGUCAGAAAACAUUUUAGUUGGGUGCAUCUCCCUAAACUCAACUUCAGAUUUUGUCCAAAACAGUCUAGAGUCUGUCUCUGGUUCUGUGAGAAUGAAUCCCCAGCUUGCCGCCUUUGAUAGCGGUAGCAGUUAUUAUAAUGGAAAUUACACAAUUAGGCUUCCGUCAACUGGCCCCUGGGACCCCAAUUAUGUGUCCCAUAGAUUUGCUUCAGCUGUAUAAUUCCCACUUUAAUUGCAGCUCAAAUGAGGCACAAAACAGAAUAAGCCUAUCUGACAGGUCCAAUACAACCCUUCUCCUCUGUCAACAUUAUGUCACACACUUUUAUGGUGUCCUUAAAGGCUGAAUCUACAGUUGAAACAAUAACCAAGGCACCCCGCCUCUGUUUUGGUAAAAAGCUGAGGGAUGGGCCUGGAUAAAUGUAGCCACUCUCAGAUUAAUACACAGAUCUAUGGAUGCAGGGACUGACCAUCCAUAAUAUCAAUAUUAUUGUUUUAACCAUGUUUUGAGGCUAUACAGUGUUUGUUUACAUUUACAAUGUUUACAAACAUUGGGGGAAAAUACGUUAAUAAUGGGUAUACACUGAGUGUACAAAACAUUAAGGACACCUGCUCUUUCCAUGACAUAGACUGACCAGGUGAAUCCAGGUGAAGCUAUGAUCCCUUAUUGACGUCAGGAAGGUGUCCUUAAUGUUUUGUACACUCAGUGUAUAUAAUCAAUUCAUUGUUUGUUUUCGACAUCCCUAGGGUGUUGUCAUUUUUACAAACCAUUUUUACAUUUGUUAGCUGGCUCCAAAAAUGCUUGUCAGGAGAUGCUGGACAUAUGUUAUAUAACCAACUUAUACUUUUAAAAACAGUUUGAAAAUAAGCUUAAACUUGAAAAGAGUGAACUAUCCCUUUAAAUACAGACUAAGCCAUAAGGCUGGGCCAUGUAGCAAAUGCUGGAAAUGUCAUUCAAAUGUUUAUGUUCUACUUUCCUCAGGUACUCCAACAACAUUUCAAAUCACACCUACAUAAUCACCUUCUUUGUGACCUGCUUUAUAAUGCCCCUCGGGGUGAUAAUCUACUGCUAUGGGAAGCUCCUACAGAAGCUGAGGAAGGUCAGUUCCCAUUUAUAAAAUACUGGAACUAUUGGGAGAGGAUGCAACUGAACCAAAGUAGUCAUUGGCCAGGCUUGGCUUGUAAUGUCUAGUAAUUACAUCCUGUUAAGCUCUUAAAGUAUUUAAAUAAACUCACACAGCAGACUUUCUAGCUCAAUAACCGAAGGUGUUUGUUGUCACGUCAACCCUAAGGUGUCCCAUGCCAGGCUGGGUAACGCCAAGAAACCGGAGCGUCAGGUGACCCGCAUGGUGGUGGUGAUGAUUGUGGCUUUCAUGGUGGGCUGGACGCCCUACGCAGCCUUCUCCAUCAUUGUCACAGCCUGUCCCACCAUCUACCUGGACCCCAGACUGGCUGCCGCACCCGCUUUCUUCUCCAAGACGGCUGCAGUCUACAACCCAGUCAUCUACGUCUUCAUGAACAAACAG